AUGAAGUUUGCCAGUCUCAUCAAGAUUUCGCCGACCUCAUUCUUCCCCAAUCAAACCAUAUGGAUUCCGUUCUUGCUCGCCCUUGAUCUCCUAUUCUCAGCUGCAAAGACCAAGCUCCGUCUCCAGAACAGAACUAACCACAGCAAGCGCAUAACCGCCGGACCACGCGGCAGCUCAAGCAAAUUUCUUAGCGCUUGGAGCAGCGGGCUCCACUUCCUCGAGUCGAUCUCGUGUCUCUCGACGGGUUUAAACGGCCCACCCGAUUCCCAUCUCAGCAGGACGACCACCAUCACUCCUCGCACCCCUCCCAGCCAAGCCAUCCGUCAAGGAUGA